AACAAGAACCAUGGUGACCAAGAAAGUGAGGACAGAAUAUAUGAAGAAGUUCAGGGACCCCAAAUGGGAGACGUUUUCUAAAUGCUAUGAGGACUCUGUGAAGUACCGUCUGACUCGCCGGGUGAUCGAACAUUCCCACAAGCCCUGGUUCUGGGAGGGCUGGGACAGCGGCUCUGACUCCAGCGGCUGGUCAACACCGAGGCUGACCAGGAACAAAGUGGUUCCUCUGUCUCUCCCGCUGCCGCCCACAUCCUUGGAGGUCAAGCAGAGGUUGGAGUCAAAGACCAGUCCGGUGCAAAAGCCAGCGUGCGAGGAUGGAGAGACUGACGUGGGGGACCGGGACGCUGCGGUUGUAGAUGCGGCACAAACCACAGUUGACAAAGAAAUAACAAAUAAAGUGAAGAAGUGGGACGAGCUACUGAUUUAG